UUCCUCUUUCCGUCUUCCAUCUUUUUAGAUAGCAGAGAGAGCAGCGAACCUUGGACCGACGACUGCUCGACUUCGAGGCUUCGACAGCAAGGUCUGUUCUUGACUCUUGAACGCCAAGUCACCGGUCACCCUCGCCCCUUCCCUUACGACGACGGUUUGAUUCACUAUUUAUAUCUGGAACCUUACCAAAAACUCCAGAAACGUUUUUCAGAAACUGGAGAUUCAUUAUUUAUAUCUUGAUUGAUAUUCUCUUAUCUUUGCUGCAAGAAGCAGAUAUUUUGUUCUUGUUCGGGUAAGAGAAGACAGAGAGGAGAAUGGAUAGAGAUUGGGGUUCGAAGCCCGGUAGUGGAGGUGCAGCCUCCGCUCAGAAUGAAGCAAUCGAUAGGAGAGAAAGGCUCAGAAGGCUAGCGCUUGAGACUAUUGAUCUGGCGAAGGAUCCCUAUUUUAUGCGCAACCAUCUCGGCAGCUAUGAGUGUAAGCUAUGCUAGACAUUGCACAAUAAUGAGGGAAACUAUUUGGCUCACACACAAGGGAAGCGCCACCUGACCAAUUUGGCCAAGCGAGCUGCCCGUGAAGCUAAAGAAGCACCUGUGCAACCUCAGCCACACAAACGGAAGGUCUCCAUGCGCAAGACAGUCAAGAUUGGAAGGCCUGGAUACAGGGUGACAAAGCAAUUUGAUCCAGACACAAAACAGAGAUCUCUUCUUUUCCAGAUCGAAUACCCUGAAAUUGAAGACAAUUCGAAGCCACGGCACCGUUUUAUGUCAUCCUUUGAACAGAGGGUGCAAUCCUGUGAUAAAAGGUACCAGUAUCUUCUGUUUGCAGCUGAGCCAUAUGAAAUCAUUGCAUUUAAGGUUCCUAGCACAGAGAUUGACAAGUCCACGCCCAAGUUCUUCUCGCAUUGGGAUCCUGACUCAAAAAUGUUUACGUUGCAACUGUAUUUCAAGGUGAAGCCACCAGAAACAAAUAAGCCUCCACCUCCACCUGUUCCUGGUUCUAUUGCCAAUGGCACGGCCACUCCAGGUGUUCCUCCAUGGCCCUUGCCUCCCCCACCUCAAGCUCCGCCUCCACCACCACCACCACCACCACUGGGGCUCCCUCCAGGUGCACCCAUUGGAAAUCCUCCAAGAGGUCCACCACCUGCUCGAGGAUCUGCACCACCACCGCCUCCAUCAACAGCAAAUGGUCCUCGGCCCAUGCCUCCUGGUGGUACUCCUCCAGUCCCACCACCACCUCCAGUUCGUAGUGGUACGAUGGCAAAUUUCACUCCAGGCACUAGGCCCCCCUCGAUGAUGCCCCCACAAGGUUUUCAGGGCCAGCAGAUUCAAGGCCAGGGAGUUCAUCCUCCACCACCUCCACCCCAUAUGGGACAACAGCUCCCUAGGCCACCAAUGUCUUAGCAUCUCACAAAUCUUUUGUGGAGUUUGUUGCUUACUUAUGCUGAUCUCAGAGAUGAAUUUGCUACAGAAUCUUAGUAGUUUCAGAAUUAAAGCGGCUGAACAGUGGAAAUAUUAACAAUCAAUAUGGGAUCUAAUUAGUUAAUGAGCUUUAAUGUCUUGGAACAUUUCAGUGGUUGGAUGUGGUGUGUAGGUUGUGUGUCUGGUUAUAGCAGUUCUAGGGCAACUACAAACUCUGAACUCUGUAUUGCUUUAAUUUUACAAUAUUAAAUGCAUUAAGGAGCUCUGCAAUAGCUAAUACUUGCACCCA